AUGAUGCGCUACGUGCUGUGUAUCCUCGCUCUCCUGCUCUCAUGUGCGUGUGUGCACGUCCUCGCUGAAGAAGUGCCUGCCGCCGAUCUUUCCGACCAAGUCCCUGAUACGGAGAGUGAGACAAAGAUUCUUCUUCAAGGAGCUCCUCAGUGCACUAAUGGUACUGUACUUUCUGAUAAUCCUAAAUGUGGGAAAGUUACAACAGCACAUCCGAAAACACCUGGAGUUGGUAAAGGUGAUCCUGAGUGCUCUGAAGGUCCUGAUUCUACUCGUAAUUGUACUCCACUUGGUGAGAAAGCUGGUGGUGGUGGUGUUGCUGGUGCUUUUGAGUGCUCUCGUGCCGGUUCCACUUCUUCCGAUGAAAAACCUUGUCCUCCUGAAGACGCACCACAACUACCUCCACCUCCACCUCUUCCUCCUGGUCCUGGUGCUCCUUCUCCUGGUAAAGAAGGUUCUGGUGUUACUUGUCCCGACAGUUCUCAAUCUUCUGAUUCUAAUACUUGUGGUGGUGAUGGUGGCUCUCCUGGUCUUCAAACUGAUGCUACUCAUUGUUCAAAUGGUGAUACUGCUUCCACUGGCGGUACUUGUCGGCCUUCUACGGGUGAUGUUGCUCCUGAUACUCGUGAUCAAGGCGCACAGGGAUCCGGUGAUAAUGUCGACGAACAAGUUUCUGCAGGUGCUGGUGGUGAACGUUCCACUGGUCCUUCCAGCGACACUGCUGCUCCUUCUGGUCCAGCUGCUGGUCCUUCCACUACAUCUUCCUCACCAGGUGAUGGGAACAUUAGUGAAUCUACAAGUGUUGGUCACACUGAAAGCGCAACAACACCAACUUCUCCUUCUCCCACUAAUUCGUCCACAGAAAGUACCGCUGGAUCUGCUGCA